UACUCCAUGUCAGAUUCCAACACAACCAACUUCACCAACCCCUCCACCUUCAUCCUGAUGGGCAUUCCUGGACUGGAGGCAGCCCAUGUCUGGAUCUCCAUCCCCUUCUUCACCCUGUAUGCUAUAGCCAUCUUGGGGAACAUCACUAUUCUAUUCAUCAUAAAGAUGGAGCAGAGCCUCCAUGGGCCCAUGUACUAUUUCCUCUGCAUGCUGUCCAUCACUGACCUGGUCCUGUCCACGGCCACUGUGCCUAAAAUGCUGAGCAUCUUCUGGUUCAAUUCCAGGGAGAUCAAUUUCAGUGCCUGCCUCACCCAGAUGUACUUCAUUCACUGCUUCUCAGCGAUGGAGUCUGGAAUCUUGGUGGCCUUGGCUUUGGAUCGCUACGUGGCCAUCUGUGAUCCCCUGAGACAUUCCACCAUCCUGACAAAUUGUGUUGUGGCCAAGACCGACCUGGCCUUGGUUCUGUGCAGCGGCAUGCUCACACUGCUCUAUCCCUUCCUAGUGAGGCAGUGGCCAUAUUGCAGAACCAACAUCAUCCCCCACUCCUUUUGUGAGCACAUAACCGUGGUGAAGCUGGCCUGUGCCGACACCCGCGUCAGUAGUUACUAUGGCCUCUUUGUGGUAUUCUCUGUGAUUGGUCUGGAUGUGCCUUUUAUCACCGUGUCCUAUAUCCAAAUCCUCAGGGCCAUCUUCAACCUCCCCACAAAGGACUCCCGGCUGAAAACUUUUGGGACCUGUGGUUCCCACCUUUGUUGCAUAUUAUCUUUCUACCUUCCAGAAUUCUUCUCCUCUCUCACACACCGGUUUGGCCACAAAGUGCCCCUACAUGUCCUUGUUCUCAUUGCCAAUGUGUACCUUCUGGUGCCCCCCUUGCUUCACCCCAUCCUCUAUGGUGUGAGGACAAAACAGAUCCGGGACAGGCUGCUCAAGCUUUUUACUCAUAAAGGGACCUAAUUUUUUUAUCCUGGUACUCAGGCUCUCUGCAGAGAUGGCUGGUAACAUGGUGCUGGGCCCUCUUUUCUGAAUCAAUUCCUGGACAGUCAGAGAGACAUUAAACCUUUUUAUGAACUUAUUGUUCUAUGCCAGCAUGGCAAUCUGGG